UGGCGAUACUGAUUAAUAUUAGCUCGCGGUCAAAUCCAACAAAGGAGUGGAAACGAGGAAGUAGAGGGGUCAGGUUUCUUGUACCUCUCUAAACAUCAUGGAGUUUGCUGAGCUGAUCAAAACCCCUCGUGUGGAUGGGGUGGUCCUCCACCGCCCCUUCAUGCCCACUGUGGAGGGAACUCUGUGUCUGACGGGACAUCACCUCAUCUUGUCUUCUCGGCAGGACAACACUGAGGAGCUCUGGCUGCUUCACGCUAACAUUGACUCUAUUGAGAAGAGGUUUGUCGGAUCACUGGGAACUAUUAUUGUAAAGUGUAAGGACCUGCGGGUGAUUCAGCUGGACAUACCUGGCAUGGAGGAGUGUCUUAAUAUCGCCAACUCAAUUGAAGCUCUCUCCACGCUGGACUCGGUGUCCCUGAUGUAUCCGUUCUUCUAUCGUCCUCUGUUUGAGGUCAUUGAGGAUGGAUGGCAGUUGUUCGUUGCAGAGGAGUCUUUCAAAGAUCUGGAGUCUAUGACAGAUGAAUGGAGACUGAGUGAGGUAAAUAAAGACUUCCGCGUGUGUCCCUCGUACCCGUCCUUUCUGACUGUGCCCAAAGACAUCGAUGAUGAAAGUCUCUGCAAAGCUGCUUCCUUUCGCCACGGAGGCCGUUUCCCUGUGCUCAGUUACUACCACAAGAAAAAUGGCAUGGUGAUGAUGCGAGCAGCACAGCCACUGAUAGGAACCAAUGGACGCCGCUGCAAAGAGGACGAGAAACUGAUCAAUGCCACGCUUUGCGCGGGGAAGAGAGGUUACAUCAUCGACACGCGGACUAUAGCUGUAGCGCAGCAGGCUAAAGCUCGUGGAGGAGGAUUUGAACAGGAAGCCAACUACCCUCAGUGGAGGAGGAUCCAUAAAGCCAUUGAGAGGUCUAAUGUUCUGCAGGACAGUCUGAUAAAGCUGGUGGAGGCGUGCAACGAUCAGUCACACAGCAUGGACCGCUGGCUCAGUAAACUUGAAGCGUCCAACUGGCAGAGUAAUGUUAAGGAAAUCCUCACAACGGCCUGCCUGGCUGCACAGUGCAUUGACAGGGAAGGGGCGUCAGUGCUGGUUCAUGGCACAGAGGGCACUGAUUCAACACUGCAGGUCACGUCUCUCGCCCAGAUCAUCCUCGAUCCGACAUGCAGAACCAUCCGUGGCUUUGAGGCGCUGAUUGAGCGAGAGUGGUUACAGGCCGGUCACCCGUUCCAGCAGCGUUGUGCACAGUCUGCAUACUCAAACGGGAAGCCCCGAAGUGAAGCGCCUGUGUUCCUGCUCUUCCUGGACUGUGUGUGGCAGAUUCUGCGGCAGUUCCCUUGCUCCUUCCAGUUCAACGAGAACUUGCUGAUCAUGCUCUUCGAGCAUGCCUAUGCCUCACAGUUUGGCACCUUCCUUGGAAACUGCGUGGCCGAGAGGGUGAAGCUGCAGCUGUCUCAAAAAACUGUUUCUUUAUGGUCGUGGGUGAACAGACCUCAGGAGCUGCAGCGAUUUCUCAACCCACUGUAUGAGCCCAAUAACCUGGUCAUCUGGCCGUCUGUGGCUCCCCAGAGCCUGCUUCUGUGGGAGGGGGUAUUCCUUCGCUGGAAUCGCUCUACAAAGUGUUUGGACGAGGCCUGUCAGGAGAUGGUCCAUAUUAUAGAGUACAACAAGGAGCUGCAGAACAAAGUGAACAGCCUGCGCAGGCAGCUGGCCCAGCUCGAGACGGAGGACGGCCCCCUGCAGACACCAUAGGACGUCACCAGAAUGGUAUCCUUCUGAUUUGCCAUUUCUGUCUUACUGAAAUAAGUCUCAUGCUCGUGUAUCUACACUCCUCUGAUCGUACUCUUUCUUUCCGUCUCCAUUGGUCUUCAAUGGAUUCUUCCACUAGAUCUGCUGCACUAUUAAUAUAUCAUUGUAGUUUUCUUCCUUAAACACUAUGCCUCACUUGUCCUUAUUAUAAUGUGCUUCAUGUAAAACACUUUAAACUGAUUAGCAGGUUGUGAUAUGGAUGACAUUUAUUACAGAUUGUACAAUGGUGCUUUGGUUUACAUGUUCUCAUAGAAAAGGGACUGCUGAUGUGCCAUUUUAUUAUUAUUAUUUUUUUUUUUACGUCGUGUGCCAUGAAGUGUAAUAGAAAGCACAAUUAUAAAAUAAAACAAAAGGGAAAAUACUGGACUGACUAUCAGAUGCUGGAAAUAGCAUUUGAAUCAAACACAGGUGGUUUACAUGGUCUUACAUGAUCCCUAACACUGACAACACUGACCACAUGAUCUAAGAGAGAGUUCACCCAAAAAUACUGUCCAAGAUGUAGAUUAAUUUGUUGCUUCAUCAGAGAAAAUGUGGAAAAUUUUAAAAGUACAGCACUUGCACACCAGUAGAUCCUCUGCAGUGAAUGGGUGCCGCCAGAAUGGGAGUUCAAACAGCUGAUUAAAAACAUCACAAUAAAACACAAGCAAUCCACAUGCCUCCAGUUCAUCAAUUUAUAACCUGUGAAAAGAAAGAGGUUUUUUUUAAUUGCACCAUCACUACCCAAAAUACCAGUCCAUAAACCAUAAUAAUGCUUGUGGGUAAUUUAGUUUUCUUUUUAUCAGCCUUUUGAACUCUCAUUCUCACAGCAACCAUUCACAGAGGAUGUACUGCUGAACAAGUUUUGCAAGUGUUAAGGAACAAACUCGUCUACAUUUAGGAUGGUCUGAGAGUGAGUACAUUUUCAGCAGAUUUGCAUUUUUGGGUGAACUGUUCCUUUAAGAAAUUGCCAAAAGUGGCAAUUUUUGCUUUACAAAUGUAAGAUUGUCUGUGCGCAGGUAAUAUUCUUAUUUAUAUAAAGAUAUUUAGUAUAUAGUUUUAAAAUCCAGAUUUCUGUUUCUGAAUGUCAAAAAACAACCCUUGGAAAUCUUGUUACAUAAUGUUUUUUUUUUAUAUAUAUGAACAUCUUUAUUAGGACACGCACAGCAGUUGUUUAGAAACAUCUAAAAAUAAAGCCCACUGGGAUUAUUGAAGUUUCUAUUGCAUUCCUUCCAGUUCUCUACAGUUGUCAUGAGCAUGGUCUGUAGACAGAAGGUGUUUGCUGCAAAAUCUCAUAAUGUGCUAUUAAAGGUUUUUGGGUCCAUUUGUUUCAUAAAUAUCUGAAUAUUUAAAUCCAGUGUGUAGGGACUCCUGUGGCAUAUAUAGGUCAUUUUAAUAUUCCACUGGGUUCUUGCCAUCAAAUUAAUUUCUCGUGGCACUUAUGAAUGUGUCUUGGUUUAAGGCAGGUUUGGAUACUGGGGAUAGACAUUCAAUUGUUGUUUUUGUUAAUGCACUAUUUCUUUUUAUUUCUUCUGGCUCUUCAGUUGCAUCAUCUGACAUGCAUUAUUAAGAUUCAUUGUAAAAUUGUCUGUACAGUGUCAUGCCUUGCUUUACAAAAUAUUGAUUAAAUGUGUAACUGACGUAUGUUAUGUUCUGUGGGCAUUAAAUUUGUUUAAUGUA